AAGACACCUCCCUCACAUUUCCUGUUUGUAACUGAAACAAAGUACACACAAAAGAUUUUAAGAAACAGAGGAGAAAAGAAUCUGAGGCACAGAUAAAGAUAAGUUUUACUGUCAUGCUGCUUUUAACAUAACAUAGCAACAUUACCUACGAAAGAAGUUUGUAGGAGGAUUUUUAAUCUAUAUAUUUGUCUUAUGGCUAGAUAAAGAUUUCUCUAAAAAAAGAAGCAUGUCAGGAAACUCUGGGUGCCCCUUUUUCCUCUGGGGACUUCUGGCAUUGCUGGGCUUGGCUUUGGUUAUAUCACUGAUCUUCAAUAUUUCCCACUAUGUGGAAAAGCGACGACAAGAUAAAAUGUACAGCUACUCCAAUGACCACAUUCCCAGGGAUGAUGAGUAUUAUAUUGAAGAUGCACCAAUUUAUGGUAACUUAGAUGAUAUGAUUUCAGAACCAAUGGAUGAAAAUUGCUAUGAACAAAUGAAAGGCCGACCAGAGAAAUCUGUAAAUGAGAGGCACGAAGCCACCCCAUCUGCACAGGCAACCAAUGAAACACAGAUGUGCUACGCCUCACUCGAUCACAGCAUUAAGGGGAAGCGCAGAAAGCCCAGGAAACAGAAUUCUCAUUUCUCAGACAAGGAUGGACAUGAACAACUACAUGCAAUAGAUGCCAGAGUUUCUAAGACCACCUUAGUAGACAGUUUCUCCCAAGAAAAUCAGGCAGUAGAGGAAAACAUUCACGAUGAUCCCAUCAGACUGUUUGGACUGAUCCGUGCUAAGAGAGAACCUAUAAACUAGCUGGGCCAUGAUCUAGCUCAAUGAUUUGGCUCCUAUUGAAGAUGGUUGCUAUGAAAACAAGAUCCUCAGAGGACACAGAAGGACUUGGCGGCAGGGUGAUGACCUGAUCAUUUGUUGAUGGGAUGGUGGCUUACCUCUUAUUCAGAGCUUACACUUAUGCAUGCCAAAUGUAAUGCUGCGAAAAUCAGUAUUUCAAAUAACUUAAAAAAUGCUUUACUACUAAAAUGUAAAAAAUUAAUGUGCUCACCUCGGCAGCAUAUAUACUAAAACUUAAUAAAAUCCAACUUGAAAAUUGAGCCUGAUAACAAAAUUACAAAUUCAUAAUACCUAAUACUUAGGGAAAUUUUUUAAAAAUUUAAACAUGAAUGUAUUCUGGAACAAGUUAGAAGAAAAAUAAAAGCCCAUGAGUUUUGUUUUUAAUUCUCCUUUCUCACCAAUGGGCAAUAGCCCAUAAUUGAAAUAAAUUUCUAAUUGAAAGAUAUAGGAAAUAUUAAAAUGCAUUACUGAGAAGUAAUAUAAUUUUCUUACAAAGUAUUUUUCCCAAAGAUAGCUUUACCGUUUCAAAAAUUGUCAAAUUAAUGCCUGCUCCUUACAACAACAAACAAAUAUCAAAAAGAGUUUAGGAAUUCUACUAGCCAGAGAUAAUCACUUGGAGAAACUUUCUAUAUAUCCUUCUAAAUAUUUUUCUGGGCAUGCUUAUGUAUGUAUAUCAGGUGUUUCUCUUUUUGUUUUAACGAAAAAUGUGGUUUCUUUUGUACACAUUACUUAAACUGUCUUUUCACUCAACAAUAUAUUGUGGAUUUAUUUUCACUGUUGUAUUUAACUAUAUAUAAAUACACUUAUAUAUCAUAAUUUUAAUGUCUGCUUAGCACCCCACUGAUAACCAAAUCAGAGUUUAUUUAAAUAAUUUUAAUGACUUUUUAAAAAGCAAGGUUGAGAUGACAAUGUUUCUUUCAGUAAUUAAAAAAUACUGCUUCACUGUCUUUUCACUUUGUUUCUGAUGAAACAUCUACUAGAAUACUUGUCUCUGUCCUUACGUAUGAUUUACAUUAUUUUUCUGAUUGUUAAGAUUUUCCUUAUUACUGGUUCUAAUUUGAUUAAUAUGUGCCAAGACAUGGUUAUUUUUCAAGUGUCUUGUGUUUGGAAUUUGUUGAGCUUCUUAGAUAUAUGUAUUUAUAGAUUUCAUCAAAUUUGGGGGGGAAAUGACCAGUAUUUUUUUUUCUGUGACCCUCCUCAUUUUCAAGUUUUUCAAUUAUUUGCAAAUGGUCCCACAUUUUACUUAUCUGUUUAUUUUAUUUCAUUCUUUUUUGUAUUUUAUUUUGGAUAGUUUUUCUUGCUACAUCUUCAAGUUUAUGAAUCUUUUCUUCUAAAUGAUCUAAUCUGCCAUAAUCCUAGACAGGACUUUUUAAUCUCAGAUAACUUAGUUUUUAUUUCUAUAAAAUUAGUUUAGGUCUUUUGUCCCCCAUCUUUCAUGUCUCUGUCUAACAUACUUAGUCUCUCAUCUAACAUCUUCAACCUAUGGAUACAGCUGUCACAACUGUUUUAAUGCUUUUUAAAAUCUGCUAAUUUUAUUAUCUGUCAUUCUGAGUGAGUUUCAAGUGAUUUAUUUUUCUCAUUGUGGGUUACAAUUUUCUGCCUCUUUAAAUGCCUGAUGAUUUUUGAUUGGACAGAAAAUACUGUACGUUUUCCUUUAUUUGGUGAUGCAUAUUUUUGCAUUCUUAUAAAUGUUUUUGAGCUAUGUAACUGAAAACUAACUUGGUAGUUUGUUUUCAGUUACAUAGCUGACUGAAAACUAUCAAGUUACUUGGACACAAUUUGAUCAUUUAGAAUCUUGCUUUUAAAUUUUGUUAGAUUAAGCCAGAGCAGCUUUUAGACUAAGUUAAAUUUAGUUUAUUACUGAGGAAAGAUCCUCGUUAGUACUUAGUACCACUGUUCAUGAAUUAUGAGGUUUUCCACUUCGGCUGUUGAAAACCGACACUAUUCCCAGCCAUGUGUGAGUCAUACGCACUGUUUUCUUUAUUCACUUCAGGUGGGUUUUUUCCCCAAGUUCAGGUAGUUUUGUCACUUGCGUGCACUGACCACUACUUAACCGAAUACUUAAGGGCAACUUUUCACAUAUCUCCACAAUUUUCUCUACAUGCAGCUCCCUUCUCUCCAGUACUCUGCCUUUUUGACUUCUCUUGACCUGGAACUCCAUCUCCUCAAUUCAAGAGAUCAAUGGACUUUUAACUAGAGGAAUCUACCUGCUCCAAGCCCUGAAACUUUUCUCCAGGAAAUAAGAAAGGGUGAUUACCUCAUUUGUUUCCCAUCUUUCAGGGACUCUUGACUCUUGUCCUUCAUUGCCUGAAACAGUGUGUCAAGUAACACUUUCAUCUCCUUUGUCUGGAUUUUAGUUGUUUCCGCUGGCAGAGUAUGUUCAGGUAGGAGGUACAUCUAGGAUGUUAUUCUCUCUUCGCCAGAGGCAGAAAGCCAAAGCAUUCUUACCACUUUACUGUAAUUCUAUAGUAUAUUUUUAGUGUAAUUUAGUAUAAUUCCAUAAGCUAAGCAGGACUAUUUGAAAUGUGAGUAAGCGAUGAAUUACUGAGCAUCAUGUAAUUAUUGCAGACUAUAUAUACUUUGCCUUUGGCAGUUUUCAGGGCUUAUGUUCCAGAAGGAAUACAGGAUGAAUAUCCUGUAUUUGGAACCAGAGGUGUUUCUGAUUUUUAGAUUUUGGAAUAUUUAUUCAUAUGUAGUGAGGUAUCUUAGGAAUGGAACUUAAGCCUAAACAGAAAAUUCAUUUACAUUUAUAUACACAUAGCUUGAGGGGCAUUUUAUGUAAUAUUUGUAAAUAGUCUUGUGCAUUCGUCACAUAAUGUCAGGUAUGGAAUUUUCCACUUGUGGAGUCAUGGCACCGAACAAGUUUUCCAUUUUGGAAUAUUUUGGAUUUUGGAUUUUCAGAUUAUGGAUCCUCAGCCUGUAUCAUUAUAAGCCUUAACAUUUCAACUGCAAAAAAAAAAAAAAAAAAAAAAAUGUGUACAGAGGAAAAGAAAAAGAAAAAUCAUGA